GACGUGGCAUAAAGACGUCGGUAGGCAGUCAGUCACCGGUGAGCAUAAAUUCUUUACACAUUGACAACAGUGUAGAGGAAAGGGAAAUAAGCCAAUUGAAAAGACUGUAAUUUCUGUAAAGUGUACUGUUGUCCCCAAGAAAUGGCCUCGGCGAAUAACGGCUCGGUUGGUAAAUGGGAAGUAGUGAAGAAAACUAAGAAGCAGGGCAGUACGGGAGGCAAGAAUCAACCUGACAAGAAAACUGGAGGAAGAAAAGCACUUAGCGAAUCCAACCUACCCAGGGUUCUUGAUCCAUCUGCGCCAAUAAAGACCACGGAGACCAUCUACGAGGGCUUCGAGAAGAUCGGGAAGAAGCAGAACAAGGAGCAGGUUCCGCCGCCCCCUGAGCCCCAGCAGAAGAAGGUCAAGGAUGGCAAGCAGGCCAAGAAGUCCCCCACCAGCAGCCCCAAGCCCAGCCGCUACCGCACCCUGGAGGAGGCCGUCAGAGGGCUGAAUGUGUCGGAGCUGAAGCAGCAGCUGGAGAAGAGCCAGUCUCUGUUCCCAGAGAACCCCUCGGUGUGGGUGAAGGACCUGGCCGGCUAUCUCAACUUCAAGCUGCCUGCCCCAGACAAUGACCCCACUCUCAGCACAUAUGCACACGAUUACCCAUACUGCUUAGUAAGUAAAGAACUGCGCGCCAUCAUCAAGAAUCUGGUGAGCAAGACCGGCGACACUUUACAGGACUUCUUUGACCACUGCCUUCUCACCAUGCUGAGAGAGCAGGACAAGCAGCCAGGUGACUCUCUCCACGGCUACAGAAUUUGCAUUCAGGCCAUAUUGCAGGACAAGCCCAAAAUAGCCACCCUCAACCUGACUGAUCACCUGGAGCUGCUGCGCUCCCACCAGAACCGCCCAGUCAAGUGCCUGACCAUCAUGUGGGCCCUGGGCCAGGCCGGCUUCUACGACCUCAGCCACGGACUCCGAGUUUGGCUGGGCAUCAUGUUGCCAGUACUGGGCGUGAAGUCUCUGUCCUCAUACGCCAUCGCCUAUCUGGAGCGCCUCCUCAUGCUCCAUUCCAACCUCGUGAAAGGUUUCGGGAUCAUGGGGCCCAAAGAACUCUUCCCCCUGCUGGACUUUGCCUACAUGCCCAAAAAUGCGCUGUCAACCAGUCUUCAGGAGCAGCUGAGGCGGCUGUACCCACGGCUCAAGGUUCUGGCAUUCGGAGCGAAGCCCGAGUCUACGUUGCACACGUACUUCCCGUCUUUCCUGUCCAGAGCCACACCAAACUGCCCUGAGCCCAUGAAGAGAGAGCUGCUGAACAGUCUCACAGAGUGCCUGUCUGUGGACGCACACAGUUUGGGAGUCUGGAGGCAGCUGUACACCAAAUAUCUUUCACAGUCAAGCUUGCUUUUGAGUCACUUGCUGAAGUGCUGGAAGACACUGCCGCAAAAGUUACGGAAAAGUCUCCAGGAAACCAUCCAGUCCUUCCGAGUGACUAACGAACAGCUGGGUGAAUGUGACGACGUCCAGGAGUGCAACGUGAUGUGCAAUAGUAUCCAGAUGAAGAUGAGGGGGCAGGGCUUCCCCUGGUCACGGCUGCUGAUGGCGCUGCUAGUGUUCGCCGCGGGGUUCAUCGCACACGACGUCCGGUCGCAAGGCUCGUUCGCCGCCUCCAGCACAGCCCACUACCUGCAGAGCUCGGGCAUCACAGACACAUCCCUGCAGGCCUGGGCCAAAGUCACCACUUACAGCCAGCAAGGCUUUAGCUGGCUGGAGGAGAACACCCCAUAUUACUACUCCCUGGUGGUGGAGAAGGUGGGCCCGGUGAUGGAGGAGGGCUGGGACAAGACCAAGAUGGCCGCCGCCUUCCUCGCCACGCACACCUCCCAGCUUGUGGAGUGGAUUAAAGAAAACACGCCCCUGUUUAUUGAAUGGCUGAACACCAACACCCCUGAGAGUGUGCUGCAGAUUGUGGAGUAUGUGAAGGAGCUGCUGCUGUUCCUGCAGGAGAACUACGUGCUCCCAGCGCUGCACUACGUCCUGCAGGGGCUCCAGCACGCAUGGCAGACCUUCCAGCACUCCUGCAAUGGGGAGGUAUCGCUCUUAUGCAUCCAGAAUCAUAUGGUGUCUUUCACCAACUCCACCUGGCUUUACCUGCAGGACACGACGGCCUCCAUCAGAGACUGGGCCCAGGACUUACUGUCGAAAGCGUGAUGCCCGCAAACGCAUUACACAGUCACCAUUUCCUUUAAAAAAAAAACAACAUACAUAUACACACACCCCCUCCCCACAGAGACUACCUUUGCUUCUGUCGGCCCUUUCGAUCAGGGUGCACAGAAACACACACACACACACACACACACACACACACACACACAUAUGCACAGAGCUUAUAGUGGAGAAACAGAGUACUCUCCGUCAACCUCACAUCCCCCCCCCCCCCCCCCCCCGGAUUCUUUCUCCUUUUGGAUUCUUUUUCCUUUUCAACAAAAUUGCUUGAUUUCUUUCAGAUUGUUUUUCUACUGGCGGGAGAUAAGUCCCUUUUUUUUUGUCUUUUUAUAAGCGUUCUUCAGGUGUGUUAAACAGUAUUUAUUUCCAGGAAGUUUGCCAAAAGGGGAGCAGACAGCCCUCUUCCUGGACAAGUCGAGCUCUUAAAGAGCAAGGGACUCAUGAAGACUCACAGCAAUCACACAAAAACAAAAACAAAAACGUGAAUAAAUAUUGUAUGAUUUUAAUCUGAACGAGUUAAGUGGGAAAACUCUGAUUCUGCCAUAUUUGACUACACCUACAGUACGUAGUCAGUGACUGUGUGGAUGUUCUGUCUGUAGGUAUGAGUGUGCGUGGAUGUGUGUAUGUCUGCAGCGCUAGAGGACUGAACCAACUGUGUCACUUCCUCUGAAAGCUGUGCUCUCUUAAUUUCUGUUUGUGUGAAGCCUGCUGAAGGCCGUGACUGAACACUGGACUGAACAGUGGACUGCUGCUGCUCCCUGAUACAGAUAUUACUUGAAGGUUGAUGCCUUUUGGUAAAUGAACGAGUGAAUGAAUGAUUACCCACUCCCGUACACUUAUAGGAAACCCCAUCCCCCUCUAAAUGUCCCAUAUUAGCUUUUUUAUCUCCUUGUGGGAUAUCUGAAACUCUUAGAUGGCCUAACUGAAGAAUGCAGAAUGCUGUGAACGCAGGAAGGAAAAAAAUGUCUAAAUGAAUGACUUUGUUACUAUAAAAGUGAUUUAUGAAUAAAGAUUUAAGCCUG